AUGCCAGAUGCCACUGCAGCCAAAGACUUCUCUGUCGACCAAGGAGACCACAAACAACCCCAGACGGUGUCGACAGGCACCAAGACACUGGAGGCGAACACCACUGUCCUCGGUAACAACUCAUCUGAGGACCAGCAGCCCGCGCGGCUGGCCCAGCAAGAACGUGACCUGGUUUACUAUCGGAAGUUUCUGGAAGACUUAGUCGCCGUGAUGCGCGACGCCCGUAGCGAGUCUGUCACUCAAAUCAUCGCGCUCAUUCGCUCCGGUGCAUCCCACGAUGAGAUCCAGACUGCUCUUCACCGCGUUCAGAGCGAGGGCUGA